GUCAUCAGGUGUGUACGUAGUGGGAGGGGAGAAGAGGAGGAGAUCACCUACCAGAUGAACAAGCACUGGAGGAGAGCUGGCCUGGGUGGUGUUAAUAACAGCAUGUGCAUGUCAGGAUCAGACAUAAGUCAACAGCAAGGGAGUACAACGUCCGUCAGACAUUUGGAUCAGAAAGGAAAGGCUGGGGACUGAACACUCAUAACAAUGAACGUGGUGGAAAAACACCAACCAUAGGAUUACUUUUGGAUCUGUGUAUAUGGGCAUGCAAGUUCACUCAGCCACUCCCAGCAACAACUUUUUGAGGAUAUCGUUUGAAAAUGUGUAUUAAAGUCUGGAAAGGAAGAUGCAGAAGACAGGAAGAAAUAGAAAUGGAAACGGAUUAUCCGCUGUGGCGACCCCUAAUGGGAGCAGCCGAAAGUAGUUAGUAGUAGAGUGGAAAGGCACCGUUUAACGACAUCUCAGAGAUGAGUCGGUCUGUGGGUCGUCUCAUUACACAGCGAGGCUUGGGUAGGAUCACUUACCGCAGGAAUGCAUUAUUCAUCAGUCACAGGUAAACCUAGGACCAUGGUUGGCAAGAAAGGGAGGCAGUGGAGGUCCAUGUGCAAAGGCCUUGUCCUGGGUACCCUCCUCACCAGCUGCAUGAUUCUGCUUUACUGCCUCUCGACUCCACAGGUUCACUUCAGUCUGCCUGAGGUUCCAGUGCCUUACUCAUGUGCCCACCGCCCAGCCCAGCUUCACACCCUGCCAACCACAAACAGCUCCCAGCAAACAACAGGCCAGAUAGGCCCUUGUUUCCCUCAAGUAGAUGUCAUGUUUAUGAAGACUCACAAGACAGCCAGCAGCACUUUCAUUAACAUCCUGUUCCGCUUUGGGGAGAAGCACCAGCUCAAAUUUGCCUUCCCUGAUAGUAGAAAUGACUUCUCCUAUCCAGCACUUUUUCAGCGUUCCCAGGUGAAAGACUACAGACCUGGAAUGUGCUUCAACAUCAUUUGUAAUCACAUGCGCUUCAGUGCACCCGAGGUGACCAAGCUGCUCCCUAUGGAUAGCUCCUAUAUCACUAUUCUGCGAGACCCUGCAGAACUUUUUGAAUCAUCCUUCCAUUAUUUUGGCCGUUUGGUACCCCUGACCUGGAAGAUACCAGGGGAGGAUAAACUGGCUGAGUUUCUACGUGAUCCCAAUUACUACUUUGACCCAGAGGGAUUUAACUCGUUCUACCUCAAGAAUCUGCUGUUUUUUGACUUUGGCCAAGAAAACACUCUGGAGCUAGAUGAUCCUCGAGUAGAGGAGGGCAUUAGAUUUAUCAGUGACCGUUUUCAGCUGGUCAUGCUGGUGGAAUACUUUGAGGAAUCGCUCAUCCUGCUCAAGGAUACCCUCUGCUGGGAGAUGGAUGACUUGCUCUUCUUUAAACUGAAUGCCCGCAAGGGAUCCACUGUAUCUAAGCUGACACCUGAACUGAGAGCUAAGGCGCUUGAGUGGAAUGCAAUUGACUGGAAGAUGUACCAGCAUUUUAAUAACACCUUUUGGAAGAAAGUGGAUGCAUACGGACGAAAGCGUAUGGCAGAGGAUGUGGCAGAGCUUCGAAGGAGAAAUGCAGAAAUGGCAGCAAUCUGUAUUGAGGGUGGUCGCGCAGUGGAGGCUGGAAGCAUCCAGGAGACAGCCAUGCAGCCCUGGCAGCCCAUUGGUGAGAAAUCCAUCAUGGGUUAUAACCUGAAGAAGAAUGUGGACAAAGCACACCGCAAAUUGUGCCGGAAAAUGUUGAUGCCAGAACUUCAGUACCUGACAGAGUUGGGGGUUAACCUGUGGAUCACCAAACUGUGGGGCCAUGUUAGAGAUGUCAUUAAUUGGUGACUCAGUAGAGGAGCAGAAGGGGUCAAACCAAUUUUGAAAGAUUGAUUGACAAAGAAUGGAUGAAUUUGACUGUGGUUGAUACAAUGGGAGGAUGUUUCAAUGUUACAUUUUCCCGUUUUUUUUUCUUUUUUUGUGUGUGUUGUUUGUAUCACAUCCCCAAUCAUAUGAAUUUAUUGUUUGAAUUCAUCAGUAUUGAUUUGUUUGCAUUUUACAUAGGCUGCAAUGCAUAUGUUGGGUGCUUUAGUGGAGUAUUGUUUGCCUCACAAUCUACAAGUACUGAAACCAGUUCAGUAAUAGGCUAGGCCUAUUAUUUUUCCUUCAUGUUUAUGAGUCUGUUUUAAAAUAUUAAAAUAUUCUUGGCUUGACAAAUGUCAUUUUUGGUUAAGUUUAGGGUAUAAUGAUUUGCACUGCAAGACUUAUUCAUGGAUAUUUUGAAGAUAUUAAGCCCAAAAGGUGGUGUCACAGCCAACUUUUAAGACAAAGAAAGUUGAUAAUACAUGAGUUUAACCCUCAUUUUACAUAUAUUGUUGAAUAACUUAUUUGGGGCUGAGUCUGGUUAAAAUCUUGCAAUGUCCAUCCACCAAGUUGGCAAGUUUCUGUGCAACUGGUCAGAAACUAGCAAAGACAUCACCUUUGAUGAUCCCAAAUAAGUAUGUGAAAAUUGUGAAUGUAACUUACGUCCCACUUUCCCACACUCCUGGCAAUAAAUGAUAAUCUCUUCUUUGUUGUCGAAAUAAAUUGAAAAUAAAGUGAAAAUCAC